UAUCUGAAAAGCAGCCCGUGAAUUUGGACAACAAUGGACUGCUGCUAUGAGUCUCCAGAGGCAAAGGAAAGCUAUAGAAUAUCCAGAGAAAUAGAAAGGCAACUGAGAAAAGAAAGACAAAAUAAUAAAAAGGAGGUGAAGGUGCUGCUUUUAGGAACUGGUGAAAGCGGGAAGAGCACCUUCAUCAAGCAGAUGAGGAUCAUCCAUGGAAAAGGAUACAAUGAAUCAGAGAAAAAAGAUUUCAUCAAGCUGGUGUGUCAGAACAUCAUCACAGCCAUCCAGGCACUGAUUGAGGCCAUGGAGACUCUGAAGAUCGACUAUCAUGACGAACAAAAUAUCCGCAAUGCUGAAAGACUGAAAGAAGUGGAGGAAAUUCAGGUGAAAACACUGGAGCCCUGGCAGGCGGACGCCAUUAAGCAAGUGUGGAGUGACCAGGGAGUACAGCAGUGUUACGACAGGAGGCGAGAGUUCCAGCUGUCAGACUCUGCCAAAUAUUAUCUGAGUGAUAUGGACAGAAUCACGGCCCCAGAUUACAUUCCCAGUCUGCAGGACAUCUUGCGGGUCAGGGUUCCCACCUCAGGGAUCAUAGAGUACCUAUUUGACAUGAAACGAGCCAUGAUCAGGAUGGUGGAUGUGGGUGGCCAGCGCUCCCAAAGGAAGAAAUGGAUCCACUGCUUUGAAAAUGUCACCUCCAUCAUAUUCCUGGCAGCCCUCAACGAAUACGAUCAAGUCCUUUUCGAGAGUCAGACAGAUAACCGGAUGAAGGAGAGCCUCGCCCUGUUCCAGACGAUCCUCUCCUCCAAGUGGUUUCAGGAGUCGUCCACCAUCCUCUUUUUGAAUAAAACAGAUUUGCUGGAAGACAAAAUUAGAACAUCUAAUUUGGCAACAUACUUCCCAGAAUACGAAGGGCCUUCCCAAGAUGCUGAAUCUGCAAAAAAGUUUAUUGAGAGGAUGUACAAAAAGCACCACAGAGAUCGUGAAAAGCCCCUCUACACUCACUUCACCUGUGCCACAGACACAGAAAACAUGAGGGUUAUCUUCAGAUCAGUCAGAGACACAAUCUUUAUAGAGAACAUGGAAUCGUUAAACCUUCAAUAAUGAAGCAGAGAGGUUUUUUUUUGUUGUUGUUGUUCUUUUAUGUGGUGGUAACGACAGGUUCCAACAACAGUUCUGAAUAUCUGGUUGGUUUUUUGGCUUUCAUUUUAAUUUGUUUAAAACGCGACAAAUAACAGAAAUUCAGAAACGGCUGAGCCAGCAAGGCAAUCUACGCUGACUUUAAAUGAUGUUUUAUUGUAAUAGCUGCGCAUUUAAGGUUGUCCAGUUUCAAAUAUACUAUAGCAAGAGGUAAUACAUGUACAGCAUUGACAUAUAUUUAAUGUGCCUACUUGGGAAUUAUGUGCGUUUUAUAGUUUUCACUUGAAUCAGAUGAUGUAUCUCUUGGAAUGUUCUUUGAAUGAAGAAUGCCACAAAUCCUGCUCUGCAGCUUUAUAAGAAUGACUGCAGACACCAUAAGCAAAGAGACAUGAAUUUAUUUUCGUUUUAAAUUCACAGCAAUAAUGACACAAUGUUUUACGGUAAAAUAAAAAUUGCUUUUUGUUCCCACUGUCGCCAAAUCGUUUUUGUGGCAAAACUUAACGUGUCCUUUGUUGCACAAUUUGAAUUAAAAUGUGUGUUCUCACUUUCAAUUGU